ACAUAACAGUCAACUCUCUCUCUCUCUCUCUCUCUCUCUCUAUGGCGUUUCGCAGCUUCUCCUGCUAAAUGCUUAAUUCACAUUCCGGAAUUCGACCUCAAGAACAACAAAAAAUCUGCACCCACCAAAAGAUUUCUCAAACACUCGAAAAAGUUUAGCCCAUGUUGAAAACAGCCACCGCCAUCUUCCUAGGCUUAGCCACCUCUUUCACCUUCUUUCUCCUUUCUCCCCCUCCAAAAUCAUCAUUUCACUCCCUCUUCACAUCCACUUCUCUAUCUGACAACGCCUCAAUAUCACACCACCUCUACACCCUCACUCGCCGGCCCCACGUUGCCGGCUCCGAGGCAAACGCCGAGGCCGCAGCCUACGUUCUAUCCGUCUUCACUUCCAGCAAUAUCAAAUCUCACAUAGCAUCCUACGAGGUGUCUCUAACCUACCCAGCACAGCGUUCCCUAUCGCUAACACGUCCACCUCCAGAGCCGCCCACUGCGUUCAGUCUUCGUCAAGAAAUUUACGACGGCGAUCCAUAUGCCGACGUGUCAGACCAAGUUCAGCCUACUUUCCAUGCAUAUGCAAAGUCCGGCACUGUCUCUGCACCCGUGGCUUACGUGAACUAUGGGCGGGUGGAAGACUACACGACGCUGAAGGAAAUGGGUGUGAAUGUGUCGGGUACAGUUGUAUUGGCAAGGUAUGGAGAAAUAUACAGAGGGCACAUAGUCAAGAAUGCAUACGUGGCAGGCGCUGUAGGGGUGUUGGUGUAUACAGAUAGGAAGGACUACGGUGGCGGGGGAGGGGAUACACGGUGGUUCCCAGAUGACAGGUGGAUGCCACCCAGUGGAGUACAGGUGGGAACGGUUUACAAUGGGCUUGGAGACCCUACCACACCUGGGUGGGCGAGCAGCGGAGACUGUGAAAGGUUAUCAGAAGAGGAAGUAGAGAAAGGAGGGGAUGUUCCUCUUAUACCUUCAUUGCCAAUAUCUGCGGCAGAUGGUGAAACAAUCUUAGGAUCGAUUGGCGGACAUGUUGCUAAUGAGGAUUGGCAGGGAAGCAAAGAUGCGCCUACCUACAGGGUCGGACCGGGGCCAGGGAUUGUCAAUCUCAGUUACACUGGAAAGCAAUUCAUAGGGACAAUUCAGAAUGUCAUUGGUGUGAUUGAAGGAGCAGAAGAGCCUGAUCGAUUUGUCAUACUGGGUAAUCAUCGGGAUGCAUGGACUUUUGGAGCCGUUGAUCCCAACAGUGGCACCGCAGCAUUGCUACAGAUUGCUGAAAGACUGGGGAAGAUGCAAGGAGGAGGAUGGAAACCUCGAAGAACAAUUGUGUUGUGCAAUUGGGAUGCGGAGGAAUAUGGCCUGCUAGGAUCAACGGAAUGGGUAGAAGAGAACAGACAAAUGCUAGCUUCAAGGGCUGUUGCGUACUUAAAUGUUGACUGUGCGGUAUCUGGACCAGGUUUCUAUGCCUCUGCAACUCCCCAGCUUGAUGAACUGCUCAAACGAGCAACUCAAGAGGUUCAAGACCCAGAUAACCCAUCACAAAGUAUUUACGAUUCAUGGGUCGGUUCUAGCAAUUCUCCCCUGAUUGGGAGGUUAGGAGAUGGAGGAUCAGAUUUUGCAGCUUUUGUGCAACAUGUAGGGAUUCCAGCAACUGGAAUGUUUUUUGGAGGAGGUAACAAGCACAAGUUUUCUUUCAUCUCACAUCAUCCUUUAGUUGGGUACCCUGUAUACCACUCAAUGUACGAUGACUUUAUCUGGAUGCAAAAAUUUGGUGAUCCAAUGUUUCAUAGACAUGUUGCAGUGGCAAGUGUUUGGGGUUUAGUGGCUCUUUGGUUAGCAGACGAGGAGUUUUUGCCUUACAACUAUCUCUCCUAUGCACAGGAGCUGCAGACAUACACAAAGGACUUAAAAGUUGAGAUCUCAGAUAAGAACAUAAGCCUAACUCCUUUGUUCAAGUCCAUAGAGGAGCUCCAAAAAGCAGCCACCACAGUGAACAACCAGAGAAAGGCAAUAGAAGAAAGAAAAGGUUGGGCAUCAAUCUGGAAUAAAGAUCAUUUGAAGGUGAGAGAGCUGAAUGACAGACUAAUGAUGGCAGAGCGUGCAUUUACAGACCAAGAUGGACUCUCUGAAAGGUCAUGGUAUAAGCAUUUGAUUUAUGGGCCCUCAAAGCACAAUGACUAUGAAUCUAAAUCCUUCCCUGGGAUAAAUGAUGCAAUUGAGAAGGCAAAGGAUCUGAAUACUGCAGAGGCGUGGCAUUUAGUACAACAUGAAGUUUGGCGAGUCUCUCGAGCUGUCAGACAUGCUUCACUAAUUCUCAAUGGCGAACUAACAUGAAUCAUAUACUAUAAUGUUGGCUAUUGUGAAUCAAUUUUAUUACAAAAAAAUUGAUCAGUCCUAAUCCCUAGCUUCAUUAAACUCUAUCUAGGACUACACAUUCGAUCAUUUACUAUAAUGUCUCUUCCUACUGCAUCAGCCCCCAUUUGCUAUGGCUUUCAUCUUGUCCUUGUAGCUCCAUCCAGACAUCAUAUCAUCUCAGUUUUUGGCACUA